GCUCAGCUCGCAUUGUCGCGGUUCCUCUAACACGCACUCUCGCAGCCUCGCUGCAUUUGCAUAUUGCUAAGACUUUUUUCCCCCACAAAGACUUCCCGCCGAUUUGCAUAUUCUUAUAUUCUGUUCCCAAAGAAUGAUCAUGGCAGUUUAGUGCAAAAGGUGCCUCCAGGAAGCGGGUUCUUUGGAUUUUUAAAAAUAUUUUGCCAUUUCUCAAAAAUAUUUUUUGAUGUACGAGGAACAAGUGGUUACAAAGGAUCCGAUUGGUCUGUGCGCAUAUAUAUUUUCUAAAAAGUUUGAUUAAUUAAAAGAUGGUGUCCAAACUGACAUCUCUCCAACAGGAGCUUUUGAGCGCCUUGUUGAGCUCCGGAGUAUCCAAAGAUGUACUGAUUCAGGCUUUGGAAGAUUUGGAACCCUCCCCGAGCUUUGAGGUGAAGUUGGAGACCCUGCCCGUGUCUCCGUUGAAGAUGAACGGCGCGAGUUCGGAGACCAAGGUCGUCUUCCACUCGCUGACUAAUGGGCACGGCAAAGGCAAGUUGUCCGGGGACGAGGGCUCGGAAGACGGCGAGGAUUACGACACACCUCCCAUCCUCAAGGAACUGGAGUCUCUGAACACGGAGGAGGCGGCGGAACAGAGAGCCGAGGUGGACAGAAUGCUGAGGGAGGACCCGUGGCGAGCGGCGAAGAUGAUCAAGGGCUACAUGCAGCAGCAUAACAUCCCCCAGCGGGAGGUGGUGGACGUGACGGGCCUGAACCAGUCUCACCUCUCGCAGCAUCUGAACAAGGGCACCCCGAUGAAGAACCAGAAACGGGCCGCCCUCUACACCUGGUACAUCAGGAAGCAGCAAGAGAUUCAGAGACAAUUCAACCAGACUAUCCAGAAUACUGGAAACAAUAUGACAGACAAAAGCAGGCCAGAUCAGCUGCUGUUUCUCUUUCCAGAGUUCAAUCAGCAAGACCAGGCCUCGGGGCAGGCUGAGGAGGCGGGUGCUGAACCUGCCAACAAGAAGAUGCGCCGCAACAGGUUUAAAUGGGGACCAGCUUCCCAGCAAAUAUUAUACCAAGCUUAUGAAAGGCAGAAGAAUCCCAGCAAGGAGGAACGGGAGGCGCUAGUGGAGGAAUGUAACAGAGCCGAAUGCAUACAACGUGGCGUGUCUCCUUCUAAAGCGCACGGACUAGGAUCGAAUCUGGUUACAGAAGUCAGAGUGUAUAACUGGUUUGCCAACCGAAGGAAGGAGGAAGCUUUCCGCCAGAAACUAGCCAUGGACGCGUACAAUGUUCAGUCGCACAACAUGAACCCACUGCUGUCCCAUAGCUCUCCACACCAUCCACCAAACUCCUCUCCCUCAAGUAAGCACGGCCACUCGCUUCCCGGUGUCUUCCUUCACGAAGGAAGUCCAGGUGCUCUUGGCUAUGAACAUCUCCACAACCAUCAGUGCCCCAACAUGGCCAGCUGGCAGGAGGUGCUACUCAGUCAGGGAGUACGGUAUGGCCAGCAAGGUACCAAUGAAGUCUCCUCUUCCUCGACGAUCAGCCACCAUGGUAACAAUGCCAUGGUAACAAGCCAAACAGUUCUACAGCAAGUCUCGCCAGCAAACCUGGACCCUGGCCACAGUCUGCUGACACCUGAUGGCAAGAUGAUCACUGCCGCCGGUGGACCCCUGCCUCCGGUCAGCACGCUGACAAACAUCCACAGCCUGUCGCAGCCGCCACAUCACAACCACCAGCAGACGCAGAACCUCAUCAUCAACCCGCUGUCUGGCGUCAUGGCGAUAGCACAAAGUAUAAGCACAUCGCAAGGGCAGAGCGUCCCUGUCAUUAACAGCGUCGCAGCGGGGAGCCUGGCAGCCCUGCAGCCCGUGCAGUUCUCACAGCAGCUCCACAGUCCGCACCAGCAGCCAAUCAUGCAGCAGUCCCAGAGUCACAUGUCGCAGCAGCCCUUCAUGGCCACGGUGACCCAGCUGCAGAACUCUCACAUGUACACACAUAAACCAGAUCCUCCCCAGUAUUCCCACACUGCACGCUUCCCGUCAGCAAUGGUCGUCGCGGAUACAGGAAGCAUUAGUGCGCUAGCAAGCAUGUCCUCCAGCAAGCAGUGUCCUCUACAAGCCUGGUGAUGCUCCACACCCUUCCAGUCUGCUAAUCAGAGAAAACAACGUUCAAAAAUAAACACAAAACGCUUUUCAAAACAGAUCUCUGGUAUCUACGAAGACCAGGGAAAACUCACUGAGCCAACCAGUAGAUGGUAUGAUUUCAUGGCACACACCUAGCCUGGCCAACUCUGUGACUAAUUCCUUAGCACACUGACUGAGAACAAGGUGACACAAACUAUAGGUUGAAAUCCCUGCUAGGACAAGAUACUCCCACGGACGGAAAGCAUCCUAUUUCAGAUCACAGUCUGGUUUGCACAGGUCUGAUAUAAGAACAAAAGAAAUGAAAGAGUUUUAGAGAAUUAGAUUUCUCUUUACUUCAAACUCAAAAAAAAUCUUAGCAGAGAAAUAACCUUUUAUCUGUUACUGGAAGUUGGUAAGACACCUGUACAGUUCAUUCAAGCUGUGACCAUUAAAUGAAGAUAGAUUGCAGUAAAAUGCUAAAGGUGGAAGCCUUAGGAAGUGAGCAUGGGAAUCUUGAUUGUUCUGAUUGAAUGGAGUUUCCAAGUUUGCCGAAAUCUGUUUUGAGGAAAACUGAAUUAACUUAAUGGAUUUCAAAUGUGUGAACUGCAUCAUCCCUUCUGAAGGUAUGAAGAAAUAAACGGACGUUCCUGGGACUACAGUUCAAAAUAAUACCCAUGUCUUAUCAUGUUGGCAGUGGAUCAUCAGAUGGGUGUUGAACUUCACCUUCGCAUCAUCAAAUGAGUGUUGAACUUCACCAUUGCAUCAUCAGAGGGUGUUGAUCUUCACGAUUGCAUCAUCAGAUGAGUGUUGAACUUCACCUUUGAAAAUGACACACCUUUACAGAGAUGGAACGCUGUUGUGGAUUUGCAAUGAAAGCAAUCAGCAGAGAUUGCAUCUUCAUCCAGACAGCUUGAUUAUUCCCGAUUUCAUUCAAUUAUAAAGGGCUACUGUUUCUGAUCGUAAAACCUAUGGAUUUUGGAUGGGAAGAUGGAGGUCAUUCAGGACAAUGCUGGAAAGCAGUGAUUUUUUUACCUAGAAGCUAGUCCCUGCCUGUGUGAUUUGUAAGGUCCAACCAUUUCCUCCAGUCACUUUAAAUUCAUAGUGGCUGGUAAAUUUGGUAAAGAAUGCAGUUUAUGUUGCUCCCAUUUACAGUGUUGCUCUUUAAUAUUACAUUCCCAUAAUAAUGUUCCGUUCGUGCUUAUAUUCUCUUAUUUUCAUCCCCAACAUCAUCCAGCAUAAAGUCCAACCCAGAACCUGUUGGAGCAGGGCAGCUCUUUCACCUGACUGUACUCCCGAAGCCAUUAAAUGCUUUAUAAGGUGACAUUAUCAGGAAUUAGUUUGACUCUUCCUUUCAGAACUGAUUCAAGAUUCACUCAGCUAUCAUUUUUCAACAACAACAUAGCAGGAGUUAAAUAUAAUUGCCCAUCUUAAAUUUAGAUCAUCUUUAACGGCUGUAGAAUGACUGUCAGGUGAGUCCAGUGCUUGGAUCCAGAUGUUGUAAUACAGGUUGUGGCAGAAGAUGGUGUUACAGAAGUUGGUGCUUAUCUGAAAUGGGGGUUCAUUUUAAUCUAUGAAAUAAUUAGUAGAGUUAAAUUUGCAACUUAUUGUCACUUGGGUGUUGUUCCAAGAUAUGGUUUUUUGGGCUUCAUUGGAAGUAGAGUAUAAUAUACAGAUUGUUACUUCUUUGGUACCACUGAAUGGAAGACUAAAUUCCUUUGUUCCCACUUCCUACAGCCCUAUUCAACUUGUACACUGCACACAGAGGAUUGUUCAGAAUUUCCCAUAUAUAAUUAUCUCACAAUAUACGAAUGAGGCUCAACCCUUUUCCACUAAGGAAUCUAAAACACACACAAAAUGCUGGAGGAACUCAGCAGGCCAGGCAGCAUCUAUAGAGAACAGCUGACAUUUUAGGCCAAGACCCUUCAUCAGAACCUGCUGUGUUCCUCCAGCAUUUUGUGUGUGUGUUUCUCCAUAUGUACAAAUUGGUUCAGAUUAAUUGUUUAAUGGUAUUAGAGGUCAAGAGAUAAACAUUCCUAAUCAGAAAGUCUUAGUCCUGAAGCAAUUUGUCACUCGGGUACCCUGUAUCAAUGGGUAAAUACUUAGAGGUGUUUCCAGUUAAGGAAGCAAAAGAUAAAGCAUGUAAUGAUUUGACUGAUUUGAUCAUUGCCAAUUAUAAUGUGUUAAUUAGUUUCUCCUUGGAUAGUAAGAAGACCAGAAUAUUUCACAACCACACCCCUCUCCCCACACACUUGAUAAUGGAAGGGCACAAAAUGGUAAGACUCCUGGAGGAGACAUGGGAUAAAAAAUUGUCUUUAAAAAAAAUCCUCCUUCACUGAUUGAGAAGCUCAAUCUCUCAAUCUGCUUCUUGCUAUGCUAUCAAUACUCAUUAAUUUCAUCAAUAAACUAUUGAGUGAUACUAUUUCCACAGCGAUUAAUAUUGCACAGUAAGAGCUGUAACAGCUUAGGACAAUGGGCUGCCGAGUGAAACAUUUCUUUAAAAACUCAAACAGAUUUUAAGUGCCUUGAUGAGGACAAACGUAAAACUUCAUGCCAGUAAGAACAUAAUCCUUUUAUCACCCUGAAAUUGACUGGAGCGCAUCCUCCAAUCUUGGUUUGGCUCACGAUGACUAUGAAAAGUAACAGCUGACAACUGAAUGAUAAGAUGAAGGGGGAGUUUUUGGCAGAGUCCAGCAAUAGGCCAAUGUAACAAGAACGGAGAUGUGAGGCAGGAGUGUCAAGUUCAAGGACCUGGAGCUCCAAGGCAAUAAAACCCUCUCAAUGGAACAUUCUUUCAUGUAAUCUCCAGGCACUGCAACAUCUGUCUUUGCCCACCAGCACUAUCCAUACACAAGAUGAUUGGCCACUGGUUGUCCUCACCUCUGCACAUUUGGUUCCAUUGAAGUCAAUGGGCAGAAGUGAGUAUGACUGGAGGUUGAUGAUGUCACCAUAUUUGGUAUUGGCAACUGGAGGCAAAUUUCUACCCAUUUUUAACACGAGGAUAAGAAUAGCCAAGUAAUCUUCAAACCUACUCUUGUCUUUAGGAAGGUCAUGGCUGAUCUGAUAUUGACUGAAAUUCCAUUUUCCUUUAUGUUCCUUUCAACACAUUAUUCAAAUAUCGCUCAGUCUUUACCUUGUAAAUAUUCAGUGACUCCUCUACAGCUCUUUGACACAAUUCUUCAAAAGACUCUCAAUCCACCAAGAGACGAAUUUCCUCUUCAUCUUCAUUGAAAGGCUGAGAUCAGUCUGUGGAUUCCAGGCUGGGAACCCCUGGGUUAGAUAGAGUUGGCAUGGAGAGGGUGUUUCCAAUAAUGGGAUCAAAGAACACAGCCUCAGAUUAGAAGGCUGGGGAAGAAUUUCCUUAGCCAGAAGGUGGUGAAUCAAUGGAAUUCAUUGCCACAGACAACUUUGGAGCCCAAGUCAUUGGGUAUAUUUAAAGUGGAGGUUGAUAGGUUCUUAACUAGUAAGGGAUAAAAGUCUAUGGGGAGAAGGUGGCCGAAUGGGGUUGAGAGGGAUAAUAAAUCGAAUGGUGAGGCAGAUUAACGGCCUGGAUAGCCUAAUGCUUUAAUGGUCUUAUGGUUUGAAACUACACUGCUGCUUCUGGAAUCGUUCAUAAGAGAAACAUCCUUUCAGCACCCACUCCAUGAAAACCCCUCAAAAUAUUAUGGGUUUCAAUAGAUCACCUUUCCUUCAAUGAUGAUCCAGGCCAGUAUGACAUUGUUUGCUCCCUAAAUUUAUGUCUGUCUCUAUGUCAAAGUGCCAAGUGACUAUUACUCUAUCUGACCACACCCCUUGCCUUCCAUCCUCCUACCAACUUGUCCAUCUAAUACCAUUUACAUUCUGUUUGAUUGUCAAGAAACAAGCUUACUCCACUGUGGAGAUGAAAAACUACGUCCAAACACUGCUGAAGUCUGUGGGCAGUCAUACUAAGGAGCAGUAUUAGACAGAGGAAUGAUGAUAAAUAAACUUAUUAAUGACUUCUAGGUCAUAACACCAAACUAGAGUGCAUCUGUAGCCCAUUUUGACUUCCAGGUGCAUUAGCUUGACUGUAAACGGCUGACAUUGAAUGAUAGGUUCCUGGUUCUGGGGGCACCCAUCACAUGCAAGCAUGAGGCAAUUAUGUGGCAUGACUGGUCAUUAAUAUUGAACAGGUGACUGUAGGGAGCAAGUUUCUAAUUUCCCAAUGUCUCCAAUUAUCAAACUAUCUUCUAGUUACUGGGGUUUUUAACCAGGUCUUUAGUGCUCCAUUGUAUGUGAAUAACAAAGUAUUUAGUUGUUUUAUUUUGGUUCAUUGGCCACCAAUAAGUAGUCUCUCAAACCAGUAAGUAGCAUCAUCUGAAACCAGGUCUGCAGUUAUUAGAUCUAUCGGGUUUUGGAGGCUGAAUAAAUCAGGUUUGAUUGUAACUGCAAAAAUAAGAUUACCCACAUUUUAGCCAAUAUUCCGUGAUGAUCUAUCACUCCCAAUUUCCAAAAGGAUUAGUGGUAUUGCUUACCUCUUGAAAUUUAUGGAUGUACUAGAUGGUCGCCAUCUAAAUAAUAUGACUGGAAAGAUUAGCUUCUGCAGACUUGGGCUGAAGGGAUGCAAUUUCCCAGUUUCUAGUUAGGUUAGCUAUGACUAGUUAUAUAUUACCCAGGUGAUGUAAUGUCAUUUACUGAAACAGACCAUUGAGACAUAGGAGUGGAAUUAGGCAAUUCAGCCUAUUGAGUCUGGCUUGCUAUUCCAUCCAUCAUGUCUUAUAUUUUAUCCCUCUCAACCUGAUUCUCCCCGUAACCAUUGGCACCCUUCCUGAUCAAGAACUCUGCUUCAAAUAUACCCAACGACUUGGCCUGCCCUGUAGACUCUGGACAGAGUCAUCACCAUUCACCCAUGAAUGAGCUAAAAUUGUGUGUGCCCAUCAGCUGCUGUGGAUAGGUAGUUAGAUGCGUCUCGGCCCAAAACGUCGACUGUACCUCUUCCUAGAGAUGCUGCCUGGCCUGCUGCGUUCACCAGCAACAUUUAUGUGUGUUGCAUGUAGUUAGUUGGAUCCUUUUCCAGAACUUUUAAUUAAACAAUGGGACAGGGGAAUGGAGGGUCAAGAAGAUUCGAGACUAGAAGUAGAACAGGAAAUCGACAGGCAAUUGAAGGGGCUUGAAGACAGACACAGGAAGAACAACUUACAUUUAUGUCAGCUUUUAUACCCCUUUUGGAAUAUUGUGAAGUACUUCCAUGCAAUUAAAUAUCUCUGCAGUAAUUUUGAAAUCUAGACACUAUUAUCAUUUGGAAAUACGUUAAUCGAUGGUACAUGGCAAGCUCUAGAAUCAGCAGAGAGAUAAUGAAGACUAAAGAAAUUCCUUCUCAUUUCUGUUCUAGAUGGAUGUCUAUCUAUUCUGAGGCUGUGCGCUCUUGUCCUAGACUCACCCAAUAUAGGAAACAUCCUCUCCACAUCCACUCUGUCUCGGCCUUCCAAUGUUCAAUAAGUUUCAAUGAAAUUCUCCCUCAGCCCUUCUACUCCAGCAAGUAGAUCAAACACUC